AUGGCGCCUUUCGUCGUUCCGCAGUCGUCGGCUGGCGGUGCCUCAUUGCAGGCAUCGGCAGAGGAUCAACUCACCAUCGAGAUGCUCGGCGCAGGUCAGGAGGUCGGUCGAUCCUGCUGCGUGCUCAAGUACAAGGGCAAGACGAUCGUCUGCGACACCGGUGUCCAUCCCGCAUUCACGGGUAUCGCCGCACUGCCCUUCAUCGACGAGCUCGACUGGUCCACCGUCGACGCCAUCCUCAUCACCCACUUCCACCUCGACCAUGCCGCCGCCCUCACCUACAUCAUGGAAAAGACAAAUUUCCGCGACGGUCACGGCAAGGUCUACAUGACCCACCCGACCAAGGCCGUAUACCGCUUCCUCAUGUCCGAUUUCGUCCGCAUCAGCAACGCCGGCAACGACGACAACCUCUUUGACGAAAACGAGAUGCUCGCAUCCUGGCGUCAGAUCGAGGCCGUCGACUUCCACCAGGACGUCUCCAUCGCAGGUGGUCUGCGCUUCACCUCGUACCAUGCGGGCCACGUCCUCGGUGCCUGCAUGUUCCUCAUCGAGAUCGCCGGCCUCCGGAUCCUCUACACCGGUGACUUCAGUCGUGAGGAGGACCGCCACCUCGUGCAGGCAGAGAUCCCUCCCGUCAGACCCGACGUCCUCAUCUGCGAAUCCACCUACGGCACACAGACCCACGAGCCGCGUCUCGACAAGGAGCAUCGCUUCACCUCCCAGAUCCAUCACAUCAUCAAGCGCGGCGGCCGCGUCCUCCUCCCAGUCUUUGUGCUCGGCAGAGCUCAGGAGCUGCUGCUUCUGCUCGACGAGUACUGGGCUGCCCAUCCCGAACUGCACAGCGUACCCAUCUACUACGCCUCGGCGCUCGCCAAAAAGUGCAUCUCAGUCUAUCAGACCUACAUUCACACCAUGAACGACCACAUCCGUACGCGCUUCAACCGUCGAGACAAUCCGUUCGUCUUCAAGCACAUCUCCAACCUUCGUUCGCUCGAAAAGUUCGAGGACCGCGGUCCGUGUGUCAUGAUGGCCUCGCCCGGUUUCAUGCAGUCCGGCGUCUCGCGCGAGCUUCUCGAAAGGUGGGCUCCGGACAAGCGCAACGGUCUCAUCGUGUCCGGAUACUCGGUCGAGGGCACCAUGGCGCGCAACAUCCUCAACGAGCCCGACGAGAUCAUUGGCAUGAACGGCAUCAAGAUUCCACGCCGCAUGUCGGUCGACUACAUCUCCUUUUCCGCCCACGUCGACUUUGCCCAAAACUCGCGCUUCAUCGACGAGAUCAAGGCGCAGCACAUUGUGCUUGUGCACGGCGAGCAGAACAACAUGUCCAAGCUGCGCGCAGCGCUCCAGGCGCGCUUUACCGCACGAGGCUCCGACGUCAAGAUCCACACGCCCCGCAACUGUGAGCCACUCACACUCCAGUUCCGCGCACAGCGCACUGCCAAAGCGAUCGGUACGAUUGCGGCCAAGCUACCGGCACAGGGCGACACGGUCGACGGCUUGCUCAUCAGCAAGGACUUUGCUUAUACGAUUCUCGACCCCAAGGACCUCACCGACUUUACAGGUCUGUCCACCAGCACCAUCGUGCAGCGUCAGCGAGUGGCGCUCGCGGUGAGCUGGGACAUGGUGCGCUGGCAUCUGCAGGGAAUGUUCGGUCGCCUUCAGGAGGGCAUUGAUGCCGAAGAGGGUCUGCGCACGCUGCGCAUCAUGGGCGUGGUGGAUGUGCGCCAGAGCGCGCGCCACGAGCUGCUCGUCGAGUGGGGCAGCAGCAUCGCCAACGACAUGGUCGCCGACAGCAUCGUCGCGCUGCUGCUUGGCAUCGACAGUGCGCCCUCGAGCGUCAAGAUGACCAUGCAUAGUCACGAUCACUCGCAUCACCACGGCGAGGAUGCCAAGCCGGCUGCGGAGGAUGCCGAUCAAGAGAUGGACGGCGCAGAAGAGGAGGAGGCGCUCACACCUCCGGAGAGUGCAGACAUUGUGCCGCCUCAUCCUUUCUCCGAGGCAGCACUGCUCGCAGGGAGCAGUGCCGGGGCUUCAAAGGCGGCAUCCGAUGAGGCUGCGCGACACGAUGCCUACCAGCUUGCCAAGAUGGAGCACAUGGCCGCGUUCCUCGAGGCACAUUUUGGCCAAGUGGAAGAACUCGUCAUUCCGGAGCUGCCGGACAGCACCGAUGCCGAAGAAGCGCCGGCCGCAUCGAGUGCGCCCAUCCAGGCUGAGUCAGUCAAAGAGAACGCAGACGAGGCUGUUGCGGUCAAAACCGAGGACACGUCGGAUGCAGCCGAUGCCAGUGCAUCCGCAGAGCCGGCCGAACAAGCCGAGGGCAACUCUGCAGAGCAAGACGAGGCACAGCCUUCGCUGCCGCCUAUCCACAUUGCCUCUCUAUUCGACGGCGAGUCGCGUCCUGCGCUGCGUAUCUUCCUCGACGAUGCAGAGGCUAUUGUGGAUGUGCAGAAUCUCGUGAUCCUCGCUUCGUCCGAAUCUUUCCGCGCACGCGUUCAGCACCUAUGCACGCUCGCUCUGCGCUCCUUCACCUCGCUCUCGGACGCCUUCCACCUUCCACAGCAGAUGGCAACCCCGCUCUUUCAGGGCAAACACAGCCAGCUCGCCCAAAUCCCCGAAUUUGGCGAAGAACGUCCUGCCAAAAUGCUGCGUGCCUAG